UUGUUGUUUCUUGUCAAUAAUGUUAAAUAUUGAAUUGAUAGUAAGGCAUUUGUUUGUCAAUUAGCAAAAUGUGUCAAAUCGAAAUUAGGAACGAGCCGACCUCGAAAGGCGGCCGUGAAGUGUUUUGUGGUUAAGUUGUUGGAAAAAUUCACAUGUCAGAAGGCGGUUUUCCCAUAAACGGAACGUGUGCUCUGUGCGCUUGACACCAUAACCAAAAAAACCCUCACCGAUCAGCUCAGCAAACGAUUCAACAUUUGAUUUCAAUCAGCGCAAACCCGGGGGUGGACACCAGGAAAACCAUUGCAAUCGAUCACGGGAAAGGACCGGAGUACCAAAAUUUGACAGCUUGACAAUUAUUUACGGAUUAACCGCCGCACAAAAAUACAAAAAAAAACAACGAUGGCCUACUGAGAGUGGGUUUUGCGAGUCGCGCUCCGCCCCUCGGGUCCAGAACGCAAAGUUCAAGUGUUACCGUAGAGACUAGCCAGUGGAAUAAUAAGAAAACGAAAAAAAAAAAGGUAUUAAACCGCAGGCUACAAUUCGAAAGUGUGCGAGCGCGCGCGGGUUUCGAUCUGGUUCUGCGCGAUCAAGUUGAAUUUUUUUUUUCAUUCGCUGUUUUGCAGUGUGUGAGGGGGUGUUACGAUACGAUCGAGAAGAACGCGUGUGUGAGGCGGUAGUGAAUCGCAAACAAGGCCUGGCCCCCACCCGCGCGGACGACAACGACGCCGGUGUGGCAAUCUAGUUCUGGUCGAGAAUCGGAGCAAUUCGUACGUGCGUGACCGCGACGCGACGCAGCGACGUUGCUUCUGUGUGUGAUAAGCGCGCGCGAAAAGAAAUCCUGUGACCUUCGUCAAGGUUUUCAUGUGGUGGCUUUUUAGAGAGUGCUUUUUUUCUCAGUGUGUUAACAACGUUGAGUGAAAUUUUUCUACCCCGAAGAGCUAAACGAUAGUGAAGUGACGAAUUCCUUACUUCCCCUACGAUUAGUGAUAAAGCGAAAAUACACGAAAAUCGAAGGGUCGAAUGAAAACCGAGAAUUGUACGAAGUGAAAACCGGACACUAGGCGGGGCCACUCGAAAGGAGCCGCAAAUUUAGAACGAACGAUUACAACACAUGGUUCCAUUCUGAGCACGCGGAUAGCUGAAACAACCGAACAACGCGAGCAUAAUGAGCGGCAAGUUGGUCCUAAGCGGUACGGCACCGGGUGCGUCGCGAAGGGCAAAGCGUGCCGUCGGUGAUAUCGGGGCAGCGGCUUCGAAGAAGACGACAACGACGACGACGACGCCGGGGACGCCACCCACCGGUGGCAAAACGAUUGUCGCCGAGCGCAAGUUUGAAGGUCUCACGCUCGAAGGCGUCAAGCAGAAUUUGGUGGACAUCAAAUCGGACGAUAAUGAAAUCGAGGCGGUCAAUCGGGAAGAGGAAAUCAUCAAGAAGCGCAAAACCGAACUGACCACGACGCGCCAGAUUGAGACCCGCAUCCAGCGGCAGCUGCUGUUCGAGGAUGGUAAAGUUAUCGAAGAUUCCGGUCCGAUUGUGUCCACCAACACCACCGAGGACACCGACCGGCAGGAAACGGUGCAAACUGAGCACCGUACCCUGGGUGAUCCGACGGCGGCGGAGGAAGACGUAACCAAAAGGGCUGUCGAUUCCGGCGGGAAUCCGGUUCUCGACGACGAUGUCGACGGCUUGCAAAAACUAGUCAGUGAUGGCGGUGACGGCGGCGGCGGUGCUGGUGCUGCUGACGGAGGAAGUGAUGAACCGGUUGGCGGCGGCGGUGAUACCAAUAGUAGCAACAAACCAAAGACCAUCAGCGCUAUCGUGGCCCGGCCCGAUGGACUGCUGAGGAACACCAAGGAGGAAGUGGAAGUCUCCCGGGAGGAGACCAAGGAGUGCACGGUGAUGGCCGAGCGGAAACACUUCGGGGAUUUCACCGAUGAUGCUUACCUGCGUGCCAUCAACAGCGGUGUGGACGAUAUCCGCGAGCUGCUUCUAUCGGAGGAAGCCCGCCUCGAGCUAGUCCCGUCUGGGCCGCAGCUGGUAAGUCACAGUACCAAAUCGCGCAAAGUCAUCGACAGCGAGGACACCGACGUGCAGCUUUCGGCCCGUCCGGACGGAACGCUGGUAACGGAGAAAACCCAAACCCGCCAGCACGAGGUCCUGUUCGACGACGAACUGCCGGGGGACGAACGGGCGAGCACCGGCAUCGAUCAGGUGGAUAGUGGCGAGCGGAUCAUCGACCAGAAGGCCUCUUCGCAGCGUUACUUCAAGCAGCGUGAUGAGCAGCACGUCGAUUUGAUCGGUUCGAGUGGUAAGGUGCUAGGCAACGAGAUGCGUUACGCCGCGGAAACAACCCAGAUGGAGAAGGAGGGCACCCGGCCGGAAAAUUUGCUCUCCGAAUGGGACAGCCUGUCCGAUCGGUUGCGAAAAGCUCGCCGGCUAGGUAGACACUCGACACCGAAAGAAGCGGCCGUGCUGGGAGCAAAUGUGACCGGAUUGCCUCCGCUAGCGGAUCGAACGGAUGCGCUCACCAAGCGGCCACUCGAUUUCGACCGGGAGGAUGAAACCCGCAAGCUGGAAACGAACAAGUGGCUCGAGAGCCACUUCGGUAGUGAGUCGCGAUCUUCGCGAGGUUCGCGGGAUGAUUUAGAUGAGAUUGUGGAACCGACGAAGAAGACCUAUUUUAAUGUGACGAUCAAAAGUGGUGGGGAAGGCCCGGAAGAGCAUCGCGGUAGUAGUAAUAAUUUGUAUAGGAGUCAUCAGCUGAGUGCACCGGCGAAGGUUAUUCUCCCGGAACGGGAGGAACCGCUUGGUAGGAAAUAUUUUCAGGGCGUAAGUGAGUGGAACGAUCGAAAUCGGUACACCAACGGGAGAGGUUCCCGGGAGAAUCUGGUCGACAGUGAGGAUUACAAUUACAGGACGGUGGGAAAACAGAAAGAUUUUCGAUUUGAAGAUAGUAAAAACUCGUCCUACAAGGAAGAUUCGGCGUACGUUUCUUCGUCGACGUUUUUCACGACGCCCAGAUCUCCAAAGCCCUUGAAGGACAGCAACUUCAACGCUCGUUACGGACGAGACGCCCGCUCAGUAUCACCCGAUCGAAUCGAGUAUGUUUCCGAGGAGCGGCCCAUGGUGCCACAGCGAAAGAAAGCUCUAGAGCGAAAGCACACCAACGGGAGCGGAAUACUGACGAGCAGCAGACAAGCGAUCGUAGAACAACCCCAGGUCAUCGAAUAUGCCCCCCGUAGUCGAUCGAUUUCUCCCAUUCAAAUCCCCCCGGUCACUAACACUCUGCGAAAACCCUAUCAGAAGACACGCUUUAGCAGCAUCCAAGAUCUAAGUCACACUCCCCACGGUCCGGGCCCGAUAACGACUCGUGCCCAAAGCAAUCCUCCAAAGAGCAAAGUCGGUUCUGCCAUCGGAAACAGUAUCCGAAAGCUUGUGGGCAAAAUCCGUUCUGCCAGUGCCGAACGAAAGCUUCGGCUAAAAUCAGCCGCUGCAAAGCAUCGAUCCCCAUCGCCUCCGUCAUCGUCGUCCGCGGUAGCCAACAAGCGCCACAGUUCGUCCAGUACGACCUACCAACAAUACAACGUCAUCGACAGUCACAUCGGAGGCCGAGGAUAUUCACCGCCACCACCACCAGCGUCAGCGACAGUAGCAGCAACAUCGACGCCACUUCAAAACCAGUCGCAGCAUCAGCGUCACCAUUCGCAGCCGCCGUCGAACGGCGCCGUCGUCAGUCACAAACAGAACGGCAACAUCGUCAGACGUGAACGCACCGUUGAUCCUGCCAGUAACGGUUACGACCAUCGUCGUGGUUCCUCCGAUAUUGUGUCCGAUAUGACAACCAACAGUGGUGGCCCGAUCCCGAAGCAGAAGUACUACCUCGGGGAGAAUCCCUACGGGGGGAGCAUCUUUGGCAAGGAGAAUAAGUACGACGGUAGCAGGAUGCGUACCACAGGUAUUUCGCCUUCGGCGCAGCAGCAGCAGCAGCAGCACCAGCGCAGCGAGGAACGGAUCGUGACGUCGUCCCACGCGAGCAAGAGUUAUAGCCAACCACCACCCCCAACCGCAUCCACUUUGGGUCGCUACAGCAAGAGCACCAACCGGCUUCCGACCUCCAGCACGAGCAACGGCCAUCACCUCGAGCACAAUGGGCUGUCGUCAGCGUACAACCACUUGUCAUCCAAUCACUACACCAGUAGCUCUCAGACCCUUCCCCGGAAAUUGUACGAGCAGAAAUCGAAAGCCAAACCGCUGCACUCAUCAACGAUCAACGUAUCGAUUGUGAACACGGUUAGCCCAUCGCCCACUCCGUUAACCAACACCGGACCGGUCAAACCGGCACGCACCUACAAGGCGCUCAACCGGAGCAAAUCGUUCAACGUGCAUGGCCUCAACGGAACCAACGAUCAUAGUCCGAUCUAUCUGGAGAAGAUCAGCCGAAACAACAACUACAACACGUUCUAUCGAUCCAACUCCCACCUGGACGAUCUGCAACACACGCCAUCCCGCCACCAGAACGAAUCGAUGCAACUAAAGAGUCCCUCAAUUGUCAACCUAAUCAGUCGGAGCACACGGGAUCUGACGCAGAGUCCGCUCUACGAGGACGAACGUGUUCAGUCGCGUACCGAAUAUUACAACGAAUAUUCCGCCAACAAAAAGAAUGUCUUCCUUAAGAACCUACAGAACCGAGCGCCAGAACUGUAUCGCACGCUGCACGGUUCCACUAACGGAAACGGCAAUGGCAACCCGGACCCGAACGGUCCCUCACGCGAGUAUCUGAACACGUACAUCAGUCGCGAGCAGGAGUCCUCGCUGGGGUCCCGGUCGCCGCAGACCAUCAACAAGGACACGGCCAGCAUCGUAAGGCGGGGAAGCUCCAGCACCGAAGACUACUCGGAAUCGUACAAAAUUACACAAAAAUCGGAGGAUCCGGCCCGGCCGGGUGUCACCAAUACGGUGCGUAAUUUCCGCAAAAAAACGGUCCCCUCGAAGGACGGCCGGGGAAUGCAGACGAUCGAGACGAGUGAGGUGCGCACGACCAGCAGCAGCCGCUACCGGGGCGAUCAGCCGCCACCACCACUCAAGUAUCAAGAGUUUCGCACCAAUGGGGCGUCGCACGGAAUCGGCGGCUCCGGGGGUGUCGUGAUCGAGUUACGCGGUAACUCCUAGGCUUUGUCGUCGUGGUGUAUUUUUGCUCUUAAUAUUUGUUAGUGAUACAUUUGGAUUUUUUUACGACAAGAAAAAAAAACAAUUUUUAAUUAAAACAAAAAAAAACAUUUUCUACUUGUGCCAGAACUACGAGAGGCGGAACUGUUCUUCCGCUCUCAAACCUCUCGUACUUAAGAGAAAACUAAUUGAAUAAACAGCAAUAAAUAAAACAAACGAUUGGAGUUAACCCCCUCAUGAUAGUGAAGUUUACUUGUACUAUAUAUGUGUAUUUGAACUAUUGUUUUUCAUAAAAAUAAACCAGCAAAAAAAAACGCAGUCGUGUCAAGCGUGCGGAACGCGAAAUAAAGCUUAACAAGUGUGAAUAA